AUGGCAGAGGGGCGAAGCGUCGUGCAGCGGGUGCAGGAACUGAAAGAACGGCUGGGCUACGCGGAGGAGCCCGCGGAGAUUAUAAAAACUCUUAAGAUACUACAGGAUUUAGAUAUAUCACUGCGUGUACUAGUGGAAACUGGCAUAGGCAAAACAGUUAACAGUUUUAGGAAACACGCCACUGCUGGGAAUGUAGCUAAAGCCCUGGUAAAACAAUGGAAAAAACUUACUUCUUCAGAAAAUCAAAGCGCUCACAGAGGAGGAAAACAAAAUACUGAAAAAGAUGAGGCAAAAUCUUCUGUUUCUGAGGAGACUAAACCUUCAGAGAAAUCCAAAACGUCUAUACUGGUGUCCAGAGGUUCCAAUAGUGCUCCCAUUUCUAAAAAGUCGGAUAAGCAGCAUACUUGUAGUGGAAAGACCCACCAAAGUAGAGAUUUUGAGUCUCAAAAAGAAUGUGAUAAUAAGGAAUGUAGCAGCAGUGGUUCUGAUAAGCAGCGUACUUGUAGUGAAAAGACCCACCAAAGCAGAGAUUUUGAGUCUCAAAAAGAAUAUAGUAGCAGCAGCAAGAAAGUUUCAGAAAAGCAGUGUUCCUCUGUAGUCGAAGACUUUUCAGUCCUGAAGGACAAGCCUAGUAAGAAUGUUUCCAAACAGAGAAAUCCUAAGCACUUGAAGAAACCAAAGCAAAAUGUUAUAAUAAAAAGAAAAGCUGAAUUAUCUAGUGAUGAGGAAUUUGAGCCUCCUACUAUGUCUUUUGAAUCUUAUCUUAAUUACGAUCGGGUUACUGCAAAAAGAAAGAGGAAGGCUUGUUCUACAGGCCCGCAGCCAAAGAAGUGCAGUAAACAGAAGAGCAGCUCAUUACUACACAAGACUUCAGCGUUUUCUCAUGCAAAUGAGGGAGAGAAAGAUGUAAAAACAAGUGAAGGUGAUCAAUCAGAAACUCCCAAUAAAAAGGCCAAGAUGGCAUCCCUCCAAGAUCUUCUUAAUACUCCACUGCCUAAAUUUCUAACAGGCAUCUCAAUCUCAUCUCCCCCAUAUGCUGCAGACUUUGAAAACCCUGUUGAAGAAGAACGCAAGAAAGUCAGAGAGGCUUUUCAAUUCACAGGACAGAGACUGAACUCCAAAAUGCAAGUUUACUCUGGUCCUAAAACAGUCCAUCUUUCAAAGAUGCUUACGCUGUAUGAACAGUGCAUCCGUGUGCUUCAAAAUAACAUUGACUUGCUACAUGAAGUAGGAGGUGUGCCUUUUGAAAUUCUUGAGCCUGUGCUAACACGUUGCACACCAGAGCAGUUGUUUCGAAUAGAAGAAUGCAAUCCGACGUUUACAGAAGAGUCUGACCACUUAUGGAAGAAACACUGCCAGAGAGAUUUUAAAAAUGAGAGCCUCCUGGAAUGUGAGUCUUGGCGUGAAAUGUACUCAAGACUGUUUAAUCGGAGAGAAGAAAAACUGAAGACUCUUACAAAAAACAUUAUUUCAGCUCAAUCUGAGAAACCAAAAGGCAGGCAAGUAAAAAUGGCUUAUGUGACCAGUGCAGCAAAACCACCCAGGAACGUUCGCCGACAGCAAGAAAUCCAUGGGACUGCAGGACCUGUCACACAAUUUUGUCUCAGAGGAAAGAGCAAAUCAAGGAUUCCAGAAAUCAGAGAUGUAAAUAAUACAUCAGCUCUGAUCACUGCUAGCAGUUGUGGGAGCUCUAGGUCAAGUAUGAUGACUCAAGAUGAAAAGAAGCCUACGAAAAAAAUUGGACCAAUCAUGAAGAAAACUUUGAGAGCGUUGAAGAGUAAAGCUGGACGACGAUAA